GUAAUUGCUCGGGGUUUGUUUGUUUUUCACAGCGAAAACCCCAAAUCGUCUUAUGGGUGUUUAGAUCUCAACGGUUUUUCUGCUGUGUGCGGGAACUUGUUUGGACAGGCGAAGCGCUGGAUGUAGCUUUAUGCUUCUUCUCUGCUGGUGUUUAGUUUUAUCUCUCCGUAGUUUUUCUCUCAAACUUGACGCCGGAGACCGUCCGCGCGGUCCUGUGAGACGGGUUCUGCUGCCGCCCCGUCACGGAUCGGUCCUCUCAUCUGUUGAGUGUGAAGAGGAGGGGAAGCAAAGAUGCCCAAACCGGUAAACGUGCGCGUGACCACCAUGGAUGCAGAGCUGGAGUUCGCCAUCCAGCCCAACACGACCGGAAAGCAACUCUUUGACCAGGUGGUGAAGACCGUGGGUCUGCGGGAGGUCUGGUUCUUCGGCCUGCAGUACGUGGACAGUAAAGGCUACAGCACCUGGCUCAAACUCAACAAGAAGGUGACCCAGCAGGACGUGAAGAAAGAAAACCCUCUGCAGUUCAAGUUCAGAGCCAAGUUCUUCCCCGAGGACGUCUCAGAGGAGCUGAUCCAGGAGAUCACGCACAGGCUCUUCUUCCUGCAGGUGAAAGAGGCCAUCCUGAACGACGAGAACUACUGUCCUCCGGAGACGGCCGUGCUGCUGGCGUCGUACGCCGUCCAGGCCAAAUACGGGGACUACAGCCGCGACGUCCACAAGCCGGGGUACCUGACGCAUGAGCGGCUGCUGCCUCAGAGGGUUCUGGAGCAGCACAAGCUGACGAAGGAUCAGUGGGAGGUCAGGAUCCAGACCUGGCACGAAGAGCACCGGGGGAUCCUCAGAGAGGACGCCAUGAUGGAGUACCUGAAGAUAGCUCAGGACCUGGAGAUGUACGGAGUCAACUACUUUGAGAUCAAGAACAAGAAGGGAACGCAGCUGUGGCUGGGCGUGGACGCGCUGGGACUCAACAUCUACGAGCACGAGGACAAGUUGACUCCAAAGAUCGGCUUCCCCUGGAGCGAAAUCCGGAACAUUUCUUUCAACGACAAGAAGUUCUUCAUCCGACCCAUCGACAAGAAGGCGCCGGACUUUGUGUUCUGCGCUCCUCGACUGCGGAUCAACAAGCGGAUCCUGGCUCUGUGCAUGGGCAACCAUGAGCUGUACAUGAGGAGGAGGAAGCCCGACACCAUCGAGGUGCAGCAGAUGAAGGCCCAGGCCCGAGAGGAGAAGCACCACAAACAGAUGGAGAGGGCGCAGCUGGAGAACGAGAAGAAGAAACGGGACCUGGCCGAGAAAGAGAAGGAGAGGAUAGAGCGCGAGAAGGAGGAGCUGAUGGAGAGGCUGAAGCAGAUCGAGGAGCAGACCAUGAAGGCUCAGAGAGAGCUGGAGGAACAGACUCGCCGGGCCUUGGAGCUGGAGCAGGAGCGAAAGCGAGCGCGGGAGGAGGCCGAGAGGCUGGAGAGGGAGCGGCGGGCGGCCGAGGAGGCCAAAGCCGAGCUGGCCAGGCAGGCGGAGGACCAGCAGAAGACCCAGGAGCAGCUGGCGGCUGAGCUGGCAGAAUACACGGCCAAGAUUUCUCUGCUAGAAGAAGCCAAGAAGAAGAAAGAGGAGGAGGCCACGGAGUGGCAGCACAAGGCCAUGUCAGUCCAGGAGGACCUGGAGAAAACCAAGGAGGAGCUGAAGACGGUCGCCACCGUGACGCCGGCGGCCCGCCAGCACGAGCCGCCGGCGUGCUCGGGCGAUCACGACGAGCAGGACGAGAACCACGCCGAGGCCAGCGCCGAUUUCUCCAACGAGGGCGUCCGCCAGCUGGACCUCCGCAGCGAGGAGGAGCGCGUCACGGAGGCGCAGAAGAACGAGCGGGUGAAGCAGCAGCUGCAGACGUUGACCUCCGAGUUGGCCCACGCCCGAGACGAGACCAAGAAGACCCAGAACGACGUGCUGCACGCCGAGAACGUGAAGGCGGGCCGGGACAAGUACAAGACCCUGCGGCAGAUCCGACAGGGCAACACCAAGCAGCGCAUCGACGAGUUCGAGUCCAUGUGAAGCUCCGCCCCCUACGGAGCCCGCCCGGGAACGCGGCGCCCUGACGCUUUUGCCAAAGUCCUCAUCCGGAACCUUCAUCGAGAUCAAACUGGAGUUUAUUUUUGACUGACAGCUACUUUUGUUUUUGUUUAUUUUGUUUCAUGAUCUAUAAAAACAACAUUUUUUAUUCUGAUUCUGUGACUUUUUCACUGAAAAAAAAAAGUUUUUAGUUUAAGUUCAACCACAAAAUAUGCUCGACUGGACUGUCACGUGAUGACUCGGCAGUAUUUUAUUUAAAAAAGAAUAAAAAGGUCAAACAUUUGUGACGGGUGAAUGUAGCUGGAGGCCAGAAGAAGGGAUUCACACAGGAAGUUCAGCUUCCUUCCUGUUCCUGUUUUUCUUUUCUUUUAGUGUUACGUAGAAUAAGCUAACGAGCGUUUCUUCACGCUCCAGUUUAAGGUCAACCCCCCCUCCGUCCCCACCUGGGACGCCGCUCUACCUCAGAGACAGUCUCAGCGUUUCCUGUCAUGGGGAAAAAAACACCUUGUCCUUUCAAAUUAAGAGCAUCAUUUCAGAGGCCAGCUUUUGUUUCUAUUAACCUUUGGAACGACAUGAAGAUGAAAUAUAGAUUUUUUAUUUUAAUAUGGAGAAAGAUGUUUAUUAUUUGUAAGCUAAGGAAGACAGUUGAUGUUUUAAAGCUUUUAGCUUCUAUGGGUUCAGCAUCCACACUUCCCAGAACCGUCCCUUAGGAGGUCCGCUCCAGCCCCCCAGCCAUCCCAAUACUUAUAUUUGUGUUCUAGUAAAGCGGACCGAGGUCCAUUAGAUUGGUUCUGAAGAAAUAAAAGUUUUACAUUUUAAGA